AUGAAUUCGUGCCUCGCGGUGCCCAUCGACGUCAACGCGCUGGUGUCCACGAACGAGGGGACGCUGGAGUUUGAGAAGGAAAAGUUGCGAUUCGACGUCGACGCCAGUCGGGCGGACGAGCUGGUCGUGCAGUCGCUCACGGGAACGGCUCUGGUGGACGGGAAGAAGCUCGUGAAGGGUAAGAGACAAAAGAUUCACGCGGGAUCGAAGAUAAAGGUUGCCGAUGAAGAAUUCGUGGUGUACCGAAACGCGCACGCGCACGCCUAG